UGUAUUAACGUAGUGUAAUGAUAUAAUGUAUUCCAUGCGUGUUUUCCUAUUGGCCACGGCCUUCUUCCUCUCAGGGGCUCGUGGUAACUAUGGCGAUAGCUCUAGUCCCGUUAAAGUAUUAUACGCUUCUUCUUUCGACAAUGCAGUUGCUAACGACGGAGUAUCUUUAGUCCAAUUUCUCGAUGAUACUUUUGACAGUAGUAAUUUUUACCGUCAAUAUGAGACUGUCGCUACUUGCAUGAAGGAUGUGGUCAAUGUUUAUGCUGUCAAGGAUUCAUCCGUCAUGGCUCGAUUUGGGAUAUCUUCCUUUCCUUCAUUUAAGGUAUUCCUAGGUCGUGGACCUUCUGCUAAGCCUGAUGUGGUUGAUUACAAUGGCAAAUUGGCUGUGCCUGAUCUUGUUACCUUCACUAUGAAAAAUGUCAACAUACAUGUUAAUAAGAAGGUUCGGGCUUCUAUUCAAAAUGCUGGACCCACUGCUUCUACUGGCAAGGUGAUAUCUCUUACUGAUGCUGAAUUUGAACGCCUAGUUGUAAAUGAUAGAUCGAACCAAUGGUUGAUUUUGUUUUACGCUCCUUGGUGCCGUCACUGCAAAGCUUUUCACCCCGAAUGGGCUCGCAUGGCCCAAUCUUCGGGCAAGGUUAAAGUUGGUUCCAUUGAUGCCACUGUCUACACAGCAUUGGCUGCGCGUUACGGCGUGAAAGGCUUCCCUACUAUAUUCCUUUUCCCUCAGGGUGUGAAGAGUCCUACUACUGCGAUUAGAUACAAGGGACCUCGCAAAGCGGAAGACAUAUUGCAGUUUGCGAAGAGUUACUAUCGUAACAUGGGCCCACCGGUAAAGGUUGAUAGCGUUUCUGAUUUGAAACAGAGAUGCAGCAGGCCUUUGUGCCUUCUAUUCUUCAUACCUGAGACUUCGAUGGAUGAACAUUUAUCUACUAUAUCUCUCGUCAUGGAGAAGCAUUCCAGUUUACCAUUUGAAUUUUGCUAUACUACAGCCGGAAGACAUCUUCAAUGGGAACGAGUUUUGGGUGUUUACUCCACCCCUGCAGUUUUUGCGUUAAACCUCAGCAAGAACGUAUACUCUGUUAUGAGGAAAGAGAAGCUUACAUUUGAUAAUGUUAAAACGUUCGUAUCAGAGAUUUUAUCGGGCCAGUCUAGUGCUAUAACACUGGCAUUAUCAUUUGAGGACAACUCAGACAGUCGUAACGAAUUUUAACAGCUGUAGAUUUAGCUGCAUUUAU